CUCCCCUGCUGAUUACUUUCCUGUGAGGGUGGUGCUUGGCUGGAGGAUUUGAGUCCUGCCAGCUCCUCACAGGCCAUUCAGCCAUUCAGAGUGACAGUCAGCUCCUCUCUCUCCGGCGACCACAGGGGACCUGGAUUUCACUGGACACCACAGCUAAGGCAAAAAGUUUUCUGCACUGUGGGCUGCAGAGAGCACUACAGCAGACUUCUGCUCCUUUGAAAACAUUCAAAGUUCAUCUCUGACACAGAAAUCUCUUUUCUCUCAGGAUCUGGGGACCUGGAUUUCACUGGACACCACAGCUAAGGCAAAAAGUUUUCUGCGCUGUGGGCUGCAGAGAGCACUACAGCAGACUGAGGAUUUUCUUCUCCUUUGAGAAUAUUCAAAGUUCAUCUCUGACACAGAAAUCUCUUUUCUCUCAGGAUCUGGUCCUUCUGGUGCUCAAGGACAUGGGUCAGUCACCUUCCUCCACCCCUGAACAAUCCUAUGCUCAUGACUUGGCCUCCAGCUUUCAAGACUUUUUUAAGAAUUACAAGAUAGAAAGCAAAAUCCUCUCUUCAGAAACCAUCACUUCAAUCCAAUCACUUCUGGAGAAAGGAGAUGUUCAAAAGACAAUUUCUGUGAUCUGUGAUGCAUUGAAAGAGAUUGAGAAUGCCCCAAUAAACAUUGCUGUGACAGGAGAGUCUGGGUCAGGGAAAUCCAGUUUUAUCAAUGCCCUGAGGGGUGUGGACCAUGAAGGGAAAGAUGCAGCCCAGGUAGGGUAUGUAGAGACAACCAUGGAGAGAAAAGACUACAAACACCCGAAUAUUUCCAAUGUGACAAUAUGGGAUUUGCCUGGCAUCGGAACCACCAAAUUCCCACCACAGAAGUAUCUGAAGGAAAUGAAAUUUGGUGACUAUGACUUCUUUAUUAUUAUUUCUACUACACGCUUCAAAAAGAAUGAUGCGCAACUUGCCAAAGCAAUUAAAAAAAUGAAGAAGAAUUUCUACUUUGUUCGAUCCAAGGUAGACAGUGAUAUAUACAAUGAAAAAAAGAGUAAACCCAAGACUUUCAAUAAGGAUACUCUCUUUCAAGACAUCAGAAAGGACUGUCUGGAACAUCUUGAGAAAGCUGAAGUGACUGAUCCUUGUGUCUUCUUAAUCUCCAGCUUUGAUGUGUCUGACUAUGAUUUCCCAAAGUUGCAGACCACUCUUCUGAAGGAUCUCCCAGCUCAGAAGCGCCAUAUCUUUGUGCAGUGCCUGCCCUGUGUUACCGAGGCUGCCAUUGACAGGAAGAGGGAUUCCCUGAAGCAGAAGAUCUGGCUGGAGGCACUGAAGGCUGGAGCAUGGGCCACCAUCCCUUUCAUGAGUGUAGGGGGUGAUGAAAUGCAGACACUGAAGGAGACCUUAAACCUCUAUAGGUCUCACUUUGGGCUGGAUGAUGAAUCCCUCAAAAACAUGGCUGAAAGUUUGAAUGUGUCACUGGAAGAGCUCACAGAAAACAUUAAGUCUCCCAAUUUGCUGUCAGGUCAGAAGGAUGAGGAGACCUUAGGGAAAACACUGUUGAAAUGUGUGGAGAAAAUCUUCUCCGUCAGUGGUGGCCUCAUUGCCACAGGCCUCUACUUUGGUAAAAUGUUCUAUUGGCAAACUUAUUUCCUUGACACAGUGGUGGAUGAUGCUAAAGUUCUCCUUAAAAAAGAAGAGAUUUUUAGGAUCGAUGCUACCUCUGAGAAAACCAAACCACUUCUGGAUGCUGAGUGUGAAAAUGGGAAAAGUGAAGCAGCUCUCCCCUGACUUAUCCUCCAUGUUUUCAUGAUACUGGUUCUGCAAAGGUGGAGUCAGCUUUGCUUGAUGCAGUCCCAGCUCAUAGCCAAGAGUGGACCACCUCCUCCAUGACUGUUAUUUGAGAAAAAGAGCAAUCAGCUCUAAAGUAUCCAUCUUUGGGGACCCUCUUGGGAAAAUAAAGGAAAGGAAUCCAAAAUCUUAUGCAAAGAGGAGAGAAUGUCUAUGUUAUGGCUCUUUCAUACCUAGGACUUAUUACAGACAUACCAGUGAAAUGUUAUUGUGCACUCAGUAGAUCCUCAUCAAUAUUUUUGAGUGAAUGUGUACAUAGUGUGUUUUUGGCAUUCAUGGUGUUUUUGUGAAUAUGUGCACUGUGAUCAUUAAUAAGACAGUAAACGUUGAACAUAAUCGUCCUCAUUCCUUUGUAGGCUUAACAUUUCAUUUGAUAAGUAUGUAAGAUAAUGAACUGGCAUAGUAUCAUAAGAAAUGAAAGAGAAAUUUUGAGGAAAUCCUUUUAUGUGAGAUACUUUGUGAGAAGGGCAAGUGCAGAAGAAACAAACAUAUGCCAGGGAUUUCCAUACUGGAAUAAUUUGUUCCCUAAGUUGAGAGGCUACGGAAUAAAAUAAAAUAAAGUAAUAACAGUGAGUGGAAAUAAAAAGAAAUACAAGAAUUUCUUAAACAUAUGGUAAGAUACUCAAUCACACAUCUAAUAAAUAUAGUUACAGGUAUAUAAUGCUGGUGGAAAUAUGAAAUGAUACACCCCGUAAUGUGGAAAACAAGGCAAUAUCUAAGAAAAUUAUAUAUAUACUUAUGCUUUUACCAAAUGAUCCCACUAUGAAGAAUCUAUGCCAAAGAACACUAGAAAAAUUACAAAAUGUAUAUCCCUUAAACUGUUCAUUGCAGCCCUGCUUGAGAUGGAAACUGACUGUAAACAAUUAAAAUUUUCUUCAAUAGAAGGAGGUAUAUCACAAUAGCUGGCUAGUGAACUGUAGAAAAGAAUGAGGAAUAUCUUCUAUUUAAUCAUGGAGUGACCAGGAAUUAUUAUGUGUUGAACACAAGACGCAUAGAGAUAUAUAUAUAGUACAAUACUGCUCAGCUAAUAAAGUUAAGAUUAUGAGUAAAUAUUUGCACAUAUGUUUAAAGAAUGACAAAACCAGAAGAAUAAAAUGAAAUCAUCUAUAGGGGAUGGGAUAGAAUGGGGUGAAGGGGCAGGGGUGAAAACUAGGUUUUCCUUAGUACAACUUAUUUUGUAGGAUUUGCCUUGGAAAUAUGCAAAUGUUUUAUGUAGCUGUAUAAGUGUUCAAGCAAUAGAAAGCAAAAUAUUGGCAUAACAAAACACCAUUUCAAGGUUUUAGACUGAUAUAAUUUGAAGGUAAAUUUCUGUUAGAAUAUAUACCAAGGAUAAAAACUAUUCUUAAGGAACCUUACACCUUUUUCAGCAGCAGUAUUGAAAAAAUAAUGAUAAUGACAUUGCUUUUCUUUGACUAUAUUAUUUAUAUUAGGAUCAAGCAAAUGAAGUAAUUAUGUUAGAGUUAUUAGAUAUAUAUAUCAUAUAUAUACAUAUAUAUAUGCAUAAAUUUUUUCCCUUUUCCUAUGUCCCUAUCUUACUUGAUAUAUGUCCAGCACCUGUUAGAAAUGAUCUAGUAAGUACUUUCUUCCUCACUAGACUUUCAAGUAAAUGACGUCAGUUGGGGUGUUUGCUUUAUUUCCUCUGCAUCUCAUCUGCAAAAGUUAUCUAACAUAUAGAUAUCUUCAAUAAACAUUUGUUGAAUAAAUGACAAAAAUAAAAAUUUUAGUUUUGAAUCCUA